CCCCCCCGGAACAGUUCGUGAUCACAGUUUGAGUGUGCUAUCCAGCCUGCCUGCUUGCGACGCUCUUUAAACACAUGAUCCGGCCCGGGGACAUUGCUUUAAAAGAGCAUUUAAUAAAAGGUCUGUCUUUGUUUUAUAAACCAUUGCUGUGCACAAUAUCGGAACUUCAAGAAUUGCGUACACUCUGAACACCGUUGGAAUUGCCAGAAUAUGCUGAUGAAGGAAUACAGAAUAUGUAUGCCACUAACGGUGGAAGAGUACAGGAUCGGCCAGCUGUACAUGAUCAGCAAGCACAGCAACGAGCAGAGCGAGCGAGGGGAGGGCGUGGAGGUGGUGCAGAAUGAGCCCUAUGUGGACCCCAUCCAUGGGCACGGCCAGUUCACCGAGAAGAGGCUGUACCUCAACAGCAAGUUGCCUAGCUGGGCAAGAGCUGUGGUCCCCAAGAUCUUCUAUGUGACAGAGAAGGCCUGGAACUACUACCCCUACACCAUCACAGAAUACACGGUGAGUCUCCAUCCGACGCCCCGUCAGUCUCCUAGCAGGAUGACAGAUGUUCAUCAGAGUUGUUACUCCAUUAUGCUUCCGUGUAUUCACUACGCACUCAGCCCGGUGCGCGCCCUCUUACGGCGUGUCUGUUACAGUAACGGGUUCAGCGCAAAUUACUUUCAAAAGAAAAAAAAAUACUGUAGAAAUAGUGCAUUAUUUAAAGUAAUUCAGCUGCAUUGCUUGGACUCCUGCGGGGGUGUUCACUGCCAAAGCCCUGCUCCCCCCCAGGACCUGCACUGCUUCCACUCAGAGAAGACGUCGCGGGGUCCCCUGACGGAGGGCUGGCGGGACACACACUGCCCCAUCAUGUGCUCCUACAAGCUGGUGGGCGUCAGGUUCGAGGUGUGGGGGCUCCAGAACCGCGUGGAGCAGUUUGUGCACAAGGUCGUCCGCGAUGUCCUCUUGCUGGGACACAGGCAGGCCUUCGCCUGGGUGGACGAGUGGAUCGACAUGACGAUGGAGGAGGUGAGGGAGUACGAACGCGCCACCCAGGAGGCCACCAACCAGAAGCUGGGCUCCUUCCCGCCGGCGAUCUCCAUCAGCGAGAUGGAGCUGGCAUCUCCCAGCCGGGGGGGGCCUUCCAGUGCCCCUUCCACGCCGCUGUCCACUGAGGCGCCCGAGCUGCUGUCCGUGCCCCGCGACCGCCCACGCAAGAAAUCGGCGCCGGAGACACUCACGCUGACGCUGCCCGAGCGCCGAGGCUCAGGCUACCGGCUGCCCAGCUUCUUCCCCUGGCAUGCCCCUCCCCCUGCACAGCCUGAGUGACGAAAUCAGUGAACACCCCCCCCACCACCAAGGCCCAAUCUCAGACCCUCCAACACUAAAGACCUUUAAAUGUAACCACCUAACCAAUCAGCUGUUAGUGCAGGUUAAAUACCCUGCUAACAAGUGAAAAAUCAGGAUCCCUCCGGGGCGUAGAACCUAAAACGGUCAGGUCACAUGUUCCCUUAUUCCGAGGCUCCUUAAUCACCAUGCCACCUGCUGGCCGAGUUUGCAUUGCGCUCCUAGUCAAAAAAUUUCACAUAAUAAUUAGAGUAUAAUAAAUCUUGCUAUACCAAAAAAGUAAAUGUUUAUAGAAAGCCAUGCGGUAUCGCUGGGGGGCCAAAACCUUCACAUUUAAUACAGCAUGGCUACUGACCUGGGCCCCCCCUUAGGAGAUCCACGGGCUCACUUAGUGCGAUGUGUUUAAAAAGGACAGCAGCAGUAUCUUUCCUCAUACGUGUCACUGAUAGUUAUGUGUUAGUCCAGUCAUCUCGCUUAUUUGCACAUCAUGAGCAGAAUGAAUGAGAAGAAGGUCAAUCAGAUGCCUCUUGGUGCGUAUGGUGUGACAGGAUUGAAGGUGCUUAUCUGUGUGUUUCAUUUGCCUGAAGAAAAUCCACAUAAUGUCAGUUUGUCUGCUGUUCAGACUUUAUUAACUUUAUAGAGUGAGAGACGUUUCAUUCAUAAUGUAUAUAUGUAAAAAAUGACACCUGAAACCAUAAGUGGAAAAAGCCAUUUAUUUGGCUGUGAUGAGGAGAGUCUGUCUGUGCUGAGCAGCCUAAUAUUCCCAUCAGUGCCUCUGCAUGGUAUUUGUUUGGCUUGAUGUUUGUCGUACAGAUCAGGGGCCUGUAUCACAAAGUCGGAUUUCUUGCUUAGCCGGAUAGCUUGUCGGAUUUAAGGUAGUCUGGGCUAAACGUGAGUGAACAAAAAUAAAGGUCAUUUAAACUGAGGCACCUUAAAUCCAACAAGUUAUUUAGCUAAGCAAGAAAUCCGGCUUUGUGAUACAGGGCCCAGGAGAGCAAGUGUUAAUAUGCCAUCCGUUCAGUGGUUUUAACUGCUAUCUAAUAGGGUCUGUCUAUGUGUGGAACUAAGCUGGGCAUUUGUAAAGAGGUUUGAUGAUCGUCAACCUUACCAGCAGGUCAACCAUACCAGCAGGUGUAACCUUCACCUUCACUGAAAAUGAGUCUGUACCAAAUUUGUAUUGUGUUAUAAUCACCAUCAUUAACUUCAAGGACUAAAAUCGAUCAUUAAGUAUCUAGAUAUUUCACUGGAAACUAACCCAGCCAAUAAAAUGCGUGCAGGGCAGUACUUACUGUGAAUGCUUCUGGCACAUGUGAAGGAGUCAGCUGGAGUGAACGGACAUCAGCUUUCAGUGUUUUUACUGAUCGGUUAAAUACUUAAGCCUGACGUUCACCUUUUGUGCUUUUAAGUAAAUUCUUAUUUUUCCUCACACCUAUUCAGCCAUAAGUUCUAAAUUUCCAUAAAGAUCCACAAUCUGAGGAAGAGAUUUCAGUAGCGAUAACAUUUCUUAUAAGACUGUGGGCAUGAAUUUAAAAUCAGGGAUUUCUUGUUCAAACUGGAUUAACGAAAACAAACCUCUAUCUCGGAUCAUUCUUGUUCAGCUUGUUUCAGUCAAAAUAUUUAACUGUAUGGUACCAUCAGGGGCCUUUAUCCCAAACCAGGAUUUCUUGCCUAGCCAGAUAGCUUGUCGGAUUUAAGGUAGCCUGGGCGAAAUGUAAGUGAACAAAGAUAAAGGCCAUUUAAAAUGGGGCACCUUAAAUCCAACAAGUUAUCUGGCUAAGCAAGAAACCCCGUGCUGUGAUACAGGCCGCAGCUGUCAUUAGUGUGAUUAUGACUUGGUUGGGAAAAAAAAAAUAAUAAUAAAAAUAUAUAUAUAACAAAACACUAAAGAAUAGUUGCAAAAGGAGGCUGCAAAUUCUGACAAUUACUUUGAGUUUGUGUAUUAGGUGGUAUAGUUUUGUUUUUUGUGAUGUAAUGUGUUUCUGAUUUAGAAUAUGUUCUUAAUUUUAGUUACUGUUGUGCUUUGAAAUUGAUAAAAAUGUUUUAAACUCUUUACAGUACUAUUUUAAAUGUGUUUUUUAUAGGCAAGGACUGUGACGAGGCUCCGGUUUAAAUUUCCCCUUAAGGACUGUUUUUUUUUUUCCCGAAGCUAUGCUAAACCAUGCAAAGAGCUUGGUCUUUAACGUGUUUCAUGUGUCUGUUCAAAGGACAACAGAUGCUCAUUCUUAUAGCACGGUGUCCACCUGCUAGUAAUUCUAAAACAAGAUAUUAAUUUUCCAUCACAGUGAACCUUAAAGUAGAACAGAGUGUUAUAUCAUGUUGCCAGUUGCAUGUAUUCUGCCCGGGAAAAUCGCUGGUUAUUUACUUCUAGAAAUGUAAUUCACGUUGUGGAUUGAUUCUUGAAACUAUUGAAGUUCGACUUUAAUAUUAAUUAUUCUGAAUCUCCCUCUAGACGACUGACUUAAAAAGAAACGCGACUUACCCACUAUGUUCAGUUAUGAGAUAAUUUUAUCCCCAACCAACGUACGUGCAGAGCUUAUAAUUAGACCUAAAAGUGCAGUCAGAUGUCAUCAAACCAUAAACCUUGACAAGCCCCAAUGCCACUCAGCACAAUAGGAGCCUUAUUUUCUAUUCUUAAUGUUGACAUUUUCUUUUUGUUUGGUGUUUUACAAUUAGAAUCACUGUGAUUUUAUUUACUUCAAUGUUGUGUGAUUUUUUUAAUUGAAUCAAUAAAGAGAAUAAAACCAAAAUCUUGA